UGGAAUAAUAAUGUUGGGCGCAAAUUUAACAUAAGAGUUCUAUAAAAAAAAUGAGCAGAGAAUACAUACAUAUACAAAAUGUAAUGUCUUAAUAAUGAGUUGGAUGUACUUAAUUCGAGCUUAUUUAAUGGUCUUCAUUUGAAAGGCACUAACUCAUCAAGUAUCAUAUUAAGCUGGAUGCCUUUAGAGUAGUACUCAAAUAGAUUAGUCUGAGGUUUAACGGCAUAUAAAUUUCAUUGUCCCAUGCAUGUAAUGAUCUUCGACCAUUGUCUGAUCAAUUAGAUCUCGAUUAUGAAGACAAACAUUUCACGGAAAGAGCUUAAAAAAAUAUUUUAGAUAGAAUAAUUUACGAGGUAUUCCGACAAUGAAGCUGCAUGGUGAAUCUUCCGAUAUUGCAAUGAUUUACUAUACAACAAAAAAAAAUCAAGUGAAUUUUUAGCCUAUUUUCUCAGUAGUUUUUAGAAUUCAAUUGUUUAGAUUUGGAAGACUUUCUAUUUUUACAAAAAGAAAGACACGACACGAGAAAAAAAAAUUCAUCAACUAAAAAACAUCUGAAAAUCGACUUGAUUAAAAGAAAAUCUCUUCAUAUCAUCCAUCCUUGGGUCACAAGAAACCCUAUAGGGCUUGAUUUUUUUUUUAAAUAUCUAACUUCCACAAUCUUGAUGAUCCCUCAAGAACAAUAUCCCUGGAAAAUCCUCUCAAUGAUUAGAUGAAUUUAAUUUCUUCAGAGUUUAACCCAUUUUGUUUUGUAUCUCAAAGUAAAUAUAUCCUUUCUUGUUUCCCAAGGAACACUUUUGAGAGCAAAUUCAAACAUGUAAAAGAAGGAAAAAGUCAGAGGCAAAGGUGAAUUACAAAUGGACAAAGUCCAGGAACAAGCAGAGUUAAUCGAAAAGAAGCUAACUCCAUUUGUAGCUUCACAGCCAACAACCGUUGUCAUCGGAGGAGGAUUAGCUGAUCAGAAAACCACCGGUGGAGAAUCAACUGAUCAGAAAACCACCGGUGGAGGAUUAGCUGAUCAGAAAACCACCGGUGGUUCCCAGACAACACAACCUCCAACAACCUCACCUCCUUCUCCUCCAUCCCCUGACAGUGGUGGCGGUGGUGGCGGUGGUUCACAAUCAUCUCCUCCGCCGGUGCUAACCCUUUCUCCACCACCGUCCAAUCAAUCUCUUAAUACAACUUCACCUCCAACGCCUCCUUCCUCGCCUCCGCCUUCUAUAACUCCACCUCCUUCACCUCCCCAGCCUCAAACUCCGCCUCAAUCCACCCCAGCCGGAAACUCUCCCGUGGUGAUUCCUUCUCCAACACCACAAAUUCAACUUCCUCUUACUCCUCCCACCUUUGUUACUCAGCAACCUACUGUCAACGGCCUAGCACUACCCAACAACCCUAUUUUUAACCCCUCUCCGCCUUCUACUCCUUUGUCGCCGCCUUCCCCCGAAAAUUCCGGUAGCCAAGGAUCUCCUCCAUCGCCUCCGGUUGUCCCUCUAACCCCUAAUGCACCAAGAAACCCUUCACAGCCGUUGGAUUCACCUCCGGCAGCAGGAGGAUCAAACCAUGUUCCCUCGUCGUCUCCUCCUUCCCUCUCCGGUUCCGAUAACAAUUCCGGAGGGUCUAAUAGACAUAAUGCGAACGGCAACGGUAAUGGUGGUAGUGGACAACAAAAAAAUGAUUCUAACUACACUGAGAAGACAAUGAUAGGCAUUGGGAUCGCAGGUGUUUUGGUCAUUAUAUUCGUUGCCGCCAUUUUCUUUAUUAGGAGGAAACAAAAUAAAUCUUCUUCACCUCGUUCUAACCAGAACUAUUUGCCUCCGGCUAAUGUGUCUGUUAAUACAGAUGGAUUCGUUAACUACAGGCAAAAACCUGGAAACGGGAACAUUUCAGCACAGAACUCUUCACCGGACACUAACAAUAGUUUGGGGAAUCAAAAGCCAGGAAGAUCAACAACACCUGACUCGGCAGUAUUAGGAAAUUCAAAGACCAUUUUCACCUUCGAGGAGCUAAGCCAGAUAACAGAAGGAUUUUGCAAGAGAUAUGUCAUAGGAGAAGGUGGGUUCGGGUACGUCUACAAGGGUAUCAUUUGCGAUGGAAAGUCAAUCGCGAUCAAGCAGCUAAAGUCCAUCAGCGCAGAAGGAUAUAGAGAGUUCAAAGCUGAAGUAGAGAUCAUAAGCAGAGUGCAUCAUAGGCACUUAGUGUCUCUCGUGGGUUAUUGCAUCUCUGAGCAACAUAGAUUCCUCAUCUAUGAGUUUGUCCCUAACAAUACUUUGGAUCACCAUUUACAUGGCAAAGACUUACCGGUAUUGGAAUGGACUAAACGAGUCAAGAUUGCAGUUGGCGCAGCCAAAGGACUUGCUUAUCUACAUGAAGAUUGUCACCCGAAGAUUAUCCAUAGGGACAUCAAAUCAUCAAAUAUUCUGUUGGAUAAUGAAUUCGAAGCUCAGGUUGCAGAUUUUGGACUCGCCAGACUGAACGAUACUGCACAGUCCCACAUAUCGACACGAGUCAUGGGCACAUUUGGGUAUUUAGCGCCAGAAUAUGCAUCAAGCGGGAAAUUAACGGAUAGAUCAGAUGUGUUUUCAUUUGGAGUUGUGCUACUCGAACUCAUCACCGGUCGCAAACCUGUUGACACCUCUCAACCUUUGGGUGAAGAAAGUCUCGUUGAAUGGGCACGUCCGCGUUUUAUCGAGGCCAUUGAAAAAGGUGACAUCAGUGAAGUAGUGGAUCCACGGCUUGAAAAGCAUUACAUUGAAGGCGAAGUCUAUAGGAUGAUUGAAACUGCUGCGUCUUGUGUUAGACAUUCAGCUCUAAAACGACCUCGUAUGGUUCAGGUUGUAAGAGCUCUGGACACGAGAGACGACAUGUCGGAUCUGUCAAAUGGAGUCAAAGUAGGUCAAAGUACGGUCUAUAACUCUGGUCAAUACAGUAAUGAGAUUCGUAUGUUCAGAAGAGCCUCUGAAGAUUCAACGGAUUACGGAUACGGUAGUAGUAACGGCUACUACACGAGCCAAGACUUCACAAGCCGUGAAUCUGAAAGAGCCUUCAACACAAGUCGCCGAACAAACUACUGAUCAAUCAACUCGCCGGGAAAAUUAAAAAAGGAACUAGUUGAGUUGUUUCUUUUCUUGGGUUCUUUUGGAACCCUUUAGAAAUUUUUGUGAAGGUCUUAAACGAGCUCAAAAUAUAAAUACUAAAAAAGAUGUAUAGUUUCACACAAUGUAAAUUUGUUACCAAAAUUUUGGUUUUUGUUUACAUUUG